AAGUUGACAAUGGAGCAGAAAUGCGAGAUCGCAAAUGCGGAACAGGAGCGACUCGCGCAAGAGAUUGGGGAUAAUCGCAAAGCAUCGGAGAAAUUAGCUGACACACUGCGAGCAGUCCUGGAAGAAACUGACAUUCGCAUUGCAGAGCUCAAGAAAGAUGCCUAUGAAUUCAAGAGGGAUAUUGUCGUGGGCGCAGAAAAUAUGCGCACAGGCAAGACCAUGGCGGAAAAGAUGACGCGAUAUAUGGAGGAGAAGCUGCGACAACGGGAUAGUAUGAUCGAGAAAUUGCGACUGAAAAACUCAACAAUUAAGGCACAGCUGCAGAAGGUCGAGGCGCAGCUCAAGCAAAAGGAAGAGAUGGGUGAUGUCCUUCAUUACAUAGAUUUUCACCAGCUUCAAAUAGAAAACAAACAGUACCAGGCACAGAUCGAAGAGCGUAAUGAGGAGCUGCUCCGGUUAAAGAUGACAACUGGGAAGACUGUGCAGACUCUCAACACCCUCAAACAGAAACUCAAUGCAAUACUGAGCGAGUCAAGCUGGCUUCACAGGGAGAUCGCUGCGCGUAAAGAGCAGCUCCGCAAGGUCCGGGAAGAUACGACGAUUGUCAAUGCGGAGAUCGCUGCCGAGCGCCGUGGCAGGAAACGACUUGGUCAGCAGCAGGCAGAAACUACAGAUAUGCCCUCUACCCUUGAUUACGUCGAGCAGAAGGCGCGAAUGUACGACCUUCAAUCCAUGCUUCGGAACUGGGAGCGCAAGGUCGAGAUAAUGGAGAUGGCCGCCAAGCGAGCAAGGACCAUCGCCCACAGAGCCAAAGGCGCAUCGCAGCUAUAG